ACGAAAUGAAAACGAAAACCACAGAAAGACGGUAGAGAGCGUCGUAUUAUCACUUUUGUAUUUGUGAGUAAAUGAUACGCGUUUAAUUCGAUCAAACAUGAAUCAGGAGAAGUAUCCGCGAUCAUCCAUUGAGGAUGAUUUUAAUUAUGGCACGAACGUCGCGACGGCGAGCGUCCAUAUCCGGAUGGAUUUCCUCCGCAAGGUCUACACCAUCCUGUCAUUGCAGAUUAUCGUCACCACUGCUGUAUCUGCCCUUUUCAUGCUCUGUAACCCCAUUAAAAACUUUGUGCACGAAAGUCCCUCGCUGGUGUUGAUAUCUGCUAUCGGGUCCCUUAUCCUGCUCCUUGCCUUGGCUGUGUACCGUCACCAGCACCCCAUCAACCUUUACUUGCUGUUUGGAUUUACUCUGUUGGAAUCUCUGUCUGUAGCCACUGCGGUGACAUUUUAUGAGUACAGCAUAGUGCUCCAGGCCUUUGUGCUCACGUCUGCUGUGUUCCUGGGUCUCACUGCCUACACUUUCCAGUCUAAAAGAGACUUCAGCAAGCUCGGAGCCAGUCUGUUUGCCGGCCUGUGGAUCUUGAUCAUUGCAAGCUUUAUGAGGCUUUUCUUCUACAAUGACACAAUGGAGUUGGUCUUUGCCGGGGCGGGAGCUCUGCUGUUCUGUGGGUUCAUUAUUUUCGAUACUCACUUGCUGAUGCAUAAGCUGUCACCAGAGGAGCACGUCCUUGCAUCCAUCAACCUGUACCUGGACAUAGUCAACCUGUUCAUCUAUAUCCUGCGCAUCCUCGACUCCAUGAAGAAACACUGAAUGUUUGAUGCUGCUCUUCACUUUCAGAGGUGAAUUCUGGGUGAAUGAUGGGAAUGGUAUAAAAAUAAUAUUCUUUAAUUUAAUAGAUUCCAUGUACAAUAAAUAAUGUUGUAACUAAUCAAAUAAUGACAAUGUGAUAAAAUGUGUUAUUCAUUAGUAUCCAAAUUAAGCAUUGACGAUACCUGCAAA